AGCAUGAUGAGGUCACAAAGGACCAACUGAAGAAACAUCUUGGAGGUCACCUGGAGGGAGUGCAGAGCAAUUGUUUUAGUAGCAACCAGCAGGCCACGCCUGCUGAGAGGGGAGGAGAUCAAGAAGACCCAGAUCCAUAUGUCAACUUCACCUACAGCUUUUGAAUCUAUGGAAGCUCAGCCAUCUAGAAGCUACAGCUCUUCUUCCGGAACAUAAGAGCGUUUCUCCCCUCAGUUGCAUAUCUACCCUGUUGACCUUCAAGGAGGGCUAAGUCCCUGCUAAGAUCUCCAGGACCUUCAACCAGCAUGAGAUUUCCAUUUUCACCAUCUUGGCACCUGGUUACUCUGCUCUCGAUUCUCCGACUCGUCACCGUCAAGGCCUUCAGCCAUGCCUCUUGCAACCAUAACGUCACCUCGCUCGAUCUUGGGGUUCUACCAGCUUUCUUUCAGCCCCUGCUCCCUCCCGAAGGACUCCUGGGCCUUUGGGUGAAGGUGAAGCCUUUGAACUCCUGUCAUCACAUCCAAGAGCCAACACCAUCCUCCUCUGUCUUCGUGGUCCUCUUCCAUCAGCCCAACUGUUCCUUCUCCAAGAAGAUCCUUCACGUCCAACAAGUUGGCUCCCACGCUGCCGUUGUGCACAACGUGAGUUCCCAAAUGCUGGAGAACAUGGUGAGCGAGCCGGGCACCAAGUGGCACCUUCACAUCCCCACCGUGUUCUCUACAGAAGAGACAGCAAAGAUCCUCAAACAUCUGCACUGCUCUGGACGAUCCAUGGUCGCCAUCCUGAGGCGUGAACAUUUUCAUUUCGCCUGGAAAGUGGCUUCUGGGAAUUCUCGUCUCGAGGUCAGAAAUGCCUGCCGGUGUCUCCUCAAGCCGGCUGGCUUUUGUUGUCAGAUUGCCAUGUUCUACACCUGUUGGAUUGUCUGUCUUACCGUGUCGGCCACUUUUGUUGCCAUGUUGCUGACGGAGCACUAUCUAUCCCAGAGGAAGAGGAAGAGAAGUAGGAGGAGCUACCUUCUCCAAGAACCUGAGAAGGAAUCUGUCCGUGUUUCGUUGACUGGCUCCAAAUACCAGGAAUGUGCCAUUUGCUUGGAUCGGUACCUGCAGUACGAUGGUGUGAAGGUGCUCUCGUGUUCCCACGCCUUUCACAGCAGAUGCAUUGACCUCUGGCACAUCACCCAAGCCAGAAACAAAACCUGUCCUCUCUGCAUGCAGAAAGUGAUGGUGGUCACCCAUUUGAUGGCGAUAAGGUUGUGGCAACAGGAGAAAUCGGUGGGACGUUGCGAGCUGACCGAAAACAACCCGUAUCCAACCUGCAACCACGUUCCCUGUUGGCAGAAACACAUCGCUCCCAUUGCUGAAAAUUAACCCAAGGGCAACAAAAGCCAGGAACCCAACGGAAAGAUCAGAAUAAGACCUCAACAGCGAUGGAAGGAGAAUGAUGGUUUCCUGGAGAACGCGCAAAUGCUUCUAGAGGUCUGUUUAAUUCAGAAAUGCCUUCAAGCUUGGACACCAGACAGAAUCGUCCCCCUGGUGAUCAUCCUGGCAAAUUGAAAAAAAACCACCGGCCAUCUCAAAGGAGGGUAGAAAAGAAUAAGUACACUGUGGGUGAUGGACAUCUUUACAACAUCGCUGCCCAAAUUGCGGUAGCUCAAAAAAAAAA